AUGCAACCCUUGGCGCUCUUUGUCCACUGUUUUAACCAUUCGUUAAACCUCGCCCUUCAGGACACCAUGAAGGGUUUACCUGCCACCCGAGAAGCUCUGAAGUGGGUCCACGACGUUGGUGUCAUUGUUCAUAGGAGCCCCAAAAGAAAGCACGCCCUGGACCAGCUACGAGCUACAUACGACGAACAGGGAGGCCCGGGCCCUUCUUCUAUCUGUCCCACACGGUGGACAGUACGAGUACGCUUGAUUACGGGCUUGCUAUCUUCUUACCUGUCUGUCCUUACAUUUCUGGGUGAUCUAGCCGAGCAAAAUACAACUGAAAUUAUCGAGGAUGGGAAAAGAGUGAACAUUUCAACCGAAGCAAGGGGCCUUCAUGACCAGCUUAAAAAGGGUAGCGUGUACUUCACGCUUCUGGCUAUGCGUGACGUAUUUUCUCCGUGUGAGGAACUAGGUAAAACCCUUCAGUCCCCUUCCUACACUGUGUCCGGCGCCAAGCAGGCGGUUAACCUCACUUUGCAGAAGUUAAAACGCAUGCGUUCCUCUGAUGACCAUUUUGAGACUCUGUGGGCUGAAAUGGAAGCUGCGACGGAAAAGUACGACCUUAAGGCACCUACUCUACCACGCCGCCGGAACCUUCCCGCCCAAAACGAGUACAACCCUGCACAUACCGCUGCCGCCCACCAAUUUAAUGCAGCCAAGGAUAAAAUCAGAAAGGAAUUUUUUGAGCUACUUGAUCUUGCUAUUGCAGAAAUAAAUAGCAGAUUUGACCAAGAUGACUUCAAUAAAUUACAAAUGAUGGAGACGGCUCUGUUAACUCACCCAAAUGACUGGGGAUCUGACUCUAAAAAUAUUGAGGACCUCUUAGAAAAUUACGGUUUUAAUGUGAGAAAACUUAAAUGCAAUCUAGAGUCACUCUCUGACAUUGCUCCCGGUUGCACAACUGUAGGCGAAGUCGCUGGAAAGUUGACGGAGUUGCAGCCGCAAGCACGCAGGCUGUUCUCUCAACUGGAAGACCUACUCAUACUUCUAUUAGUCGUCCCCGUGUCCGCAGCUACAGCCGAGCGCACUUUUUCUAUGAUGCGCCGUCUCAAGACGUAUCUCAGAUCUACAAUGGGACACGCCCGUUUAAAUCACCUAGCUUUGCUCACUGUUUACAAGGAGAGGGUUGAUAUGCUUGAUGUUCGACGAUUAAUGCAACUGUUUGUUAACAAUGACUUGCGCCAUUCAAUUUUUGGUGCAAUUUAA